GCAGGCGCAGAGCACGCGUGGUGCCGGAGGAACUUGAAGCGCGCGGUUCGCUCUUCGGAGCUCCGGACCGGCCAGUGCGGCGAAGGCAUCAUGUCAGACAACGAGGACAAUUUCGAUGGUGAUGACUUUGACGAUGUGGAGGAGGACGAAGGACUAGAUGACUUGGAAAACGCCGAGGAGGAAGGUCAGGAGAACGUCGAGAUCCUCCCCUCUGGUGAGCGACCGCAGGCCAACCAGAAGCGUAUCACAACUCCUUACAUGACCAAGUACGAGCGAGCCCGUGUGCUGGGCACCCGGGCUCUCCAGAUCGCGAUGUGUGCCCCCGUGAUGGUGGAGCUGGAGGGGGAGACGGACCCUUUGCUCAUCGCCAUGAAGGAACUCAAGGCCCGGAAGAUCCCAAUCAUCAUUCGCCGUUACCUGCCAGAUGGAAGCUAUGAAGAUUGGGGCGUGGACGAGCUCAUCAUCACCGACUGAGCAGAGCUCCUGGACUGUGCCUGGGCACCAUUUCUAUGCCCACUUUCAAUAUGUAAAUAAUAAACAUCCCCCUCCCGUCC